AUGAAUGAUCCUCCAGCACUCUCAGAGGAGCAGAGCGCUUGUGAUCCCGCCGGCGAAGAACCAGGACCUCCUGGAACUGAGCAGUACAUCAGCAACCCUUUGGUAGAUGCACUACAAGAGUAUUGGAAAGAGCAAAAUCUCUACAACAACGCCUUGAACGAAACUGCAGCGAAUUACAACGAGGGUGUGUGGGACGACUACCUAGACCACAUAGAGGAGACAAAGCCAGAUCUGCAGACAAUCAACCUCGACACCAUCACUCUAAGUGGCAUCCAGGAUGUUUUGCUUGCAAUCCAGUUGGAGAACGAAGCCGAAGCGAGCCUCUUCAAGCUCCGCUGUUCGAUGAGAAAGGUUCUGAAACACCAGGAUAGGAUGAUCAUAUUGGCCAGAAGGAUUGUUGAGGACUACGGCCCUGAACUGGAGGAGAACAACAGUGUGUCCGAAGUCAAGGAUUUCAUUGACACUGUGAAGCUGGUCCAGGAGCAGUCUGUGCUAAUGAUACAUCAACACCGAGUCCUUAUCAAUGGACGAGUGGCGGCACCUCUGGACGAGGAAGAAGACUGAUGUAUGGCACCAAGUCUCCUUCGAGAGAGAG